AUGGAUUAUAAUUAUAUGUGCGAUAAAUUAAUUAAUAAAAAAGAAUUAAUUUUUCAUUUAGUAAAACAAAAUGAUGAAAAAAUAUAUCACUUUUUAGAAGAAGAUAAAAAUUUGAUUAAUUGUCAAGAUGAAAAUGGAAAUAGUUUAUUACAUUGGGCAGUUUUUUUAAAUAAUAUAUAUUUAGUAUGUUACCUAUUGGAAAAUAAAGCUAAUGUAAAUAUUAAGUCAAACAUACAACAAACUCCACUUUUUUGGGCGGUUUGCUCAAAUAAUAUUUUUAUGAUUUAUUUAUUAAAGAAAUAUGGAUGUAAUUUAAAUGAAGUAGAUAACAAAGGAUAUAAUUGCUUAAUAAUAUGUGUUCAAUAUAAUAGUAUUUUAUGUUUUUUUUAUUUACUACAUUUGAAUAUUUCAUUAACUGAAAAAGAUUUUAACAAUUGUUCUGUUUUUGAUUGGUCUGCUUAUAAUAAUAACAUGUUUUUUCUUAGACUUUUUUCAAUUUUUCUAAACAAUUUCUAUUCAUUGCAUCCAACUAAUCCAUCUUCCGUUUUACAUAAAGCUAUAAUUGGGAAUGCAUAUGAAGCAGUUACAUAUUUAAUUUUAAAUAAUCAUCAAAAUAUAUAUGAUAUAGCAACUGAUAAUAAAGAAACAAUACUUGAGUUCAUUGAAGAAAAUAAAAGUAAUAUAAAUUCAAAAAUAUAUGAGUUUCUGAAAUGUAAAAAAACUCAAAAAAUGUGUGAAAAAAGAAAAAGAAUAACAUAUAAUUUAUACGAACCUAAUGGUGAUAUAGGACCUUAUACAAUUAAAAAAAAGAAAAAUUUAUCUUUUUUAUUAAACAUUUAUUCUAAAUAUCAAGAAAAUAAGGCUCUUUUAAUUUAUCCAUUCCUCCUUGUUUUAACUUACUUAUACUUGAAUCUAGUUUAUUUUUGUUAUAUUAGAGUAAAAUUAGGAUACAAGAACAUAAUGCAAGAUAUAUUUCAUCCUUUUCUAUUUAUUUUUUAUUAUUUUGCCAUCUCAAGUAAUCCUGGUUAUUUAGAAAAUUCAAAGGAGAUAUAUAAGAGCAAAAAAGAAGAAAUGAAGGAUGCAGAAGAUAACGAUAAAGAUAGUUAUGAUAAUGAAAAGGAAAUUAAUGAAAAUAAUAGUUUAUCAAAACAAAAUUUCGUUUUUGAAUAUAUUAUUAAAAAUAUUAAGAAGGAAAUAAAGAGGUAUGAAAAAGAAAAUAAAUUGUGUGAAUUUUCAAAAAAAAUUAAAAAUGAAAACAUUUUUGAAUUGAAAGAAAGACUUAACAUUGUAUGGGAUGUUAAGCCAUUUGAAAUAUCAGCAUUUGAUAUUAACAUGUUAUGUCCAACAUGUUUUUUAUUUAAAAAUUUAAGAACCAAACAUUGCCGUUUUUGUGAUAAAUGUAUAGAGAUAUUUGAUCAUCACUGUGUAUUUACUUUAAAUUGUAUGGCUAUUGAAAACGCAAGAAUAUUUCUUAUGUGGAUUUUAUCUAAUAUUCUUUUUUCAUUAUAUAUUUUAUAUAUAUAUAUAUGGCUAACUUUAAAAUUUUCCUUCAAUUUUUAUAUGCUUUCCUUUUAUAUAAUUCUUACUGCUAUUAUAUUAUCUAUACUACUAAUAUAUUUUAUGGGAUGUGUUUUUUUACGAUCAUUUUUUAAUAUAUUAGAAAAUAUAACAUCAAAUGAAAAAUUUAAAAUGUAUUCUUCUAAAAAAUUUUUUUCAUAUGAAUUAAAAAUGGGUGAAGAUAAUCAGCCUUUUAUUGUGAGAAAAUUUCAAAAUCCUUUUGAUCAAGGAAAAUUUUUCAACUUCUUACACUUUUUAACAAAAUCAAAGGAUGGUUUACUGAAAAAAAAAGAGAAUUUUAUUAAAAUAGACAAAAAUGUUAAAAGCGAAUUAGUUCACACCUUUGUUGAAAAUUUAAACAAAAAAUUGAAGGAACAUUAUGGAAAAAAGUAA